AUGCUCGCCGCACCCUCUUCAUCGCCCCAUCAAUACAAUCCUUUCCUCCCGACCCAUUCCUCCCCGCUCGCUCGCGAUGCACGACGCGCCACCUUCAAUUUCGCAAUGAACGAUUCAUCCAACACUACAAUUCACGCUUCCUCAAGCCACGGCGCAUAUACCUUUGGCCAGCAAUCAAAUACAGAUCAAAGGCAAAAUCCAAAAGCUGCGCCUAAAAUCAGCACUGAGCGUCUCGGAAGGCAGCGGACAGGAGCGUUUUUGCGGAAAGUCCGGGAGGGGAGGGAGGAGAGACGAUGGGAGACGCGAGGAGAGGAUAUAAUGCGUGCCGACUUCCUUUCCCGCCAACGAGCCUGGGAAGCAGCACAAGCCCGGAAUGCGCCGGCGGAAGACGUAGUGCACUACGAAGACGAACUGGAGGAGGGAGGCCGCGUCUCAGAGGCCAUGGAGAUCAAUACCAGCCAAGUCGCGCCCGAGGACGAAGUGGAUGACUUUCUGAGGGAUGAAGAUCAGGAGUUGGAGGCGUUGUUGGAGUUUAUGCCUGCUGGUGGGGAACGAGAUGAUGGCAUGAAAGACGACGGCGAUAGUCUUUGGAGUGACGAUGCGGAUUAUGAGGCGCUGUUUGAACAGGUUUUGAGUCAGGAGCAGGAAGGCCAGAUCGGAAGUCUGGAUCAGCAGUUAUCUGCGAAUGAUGUGAUGGACAGCGUAGGAGAGGAGAUGGAUAUGAGUUGA